GGGUUAAGAGGCCUCGUAAAGUUCACUAUGAUUAGCCAAUAUGAUUGGGUUAAGAGGCCUCGUAAAGUUCACUAUGAUUAGCCAAUAUGAUUGGGUUAAGAGGCCUGCGUUGGAGGCCUAAUGGGCUUAUCCGGAAGCAAACAGACGUUUUAUCCUACCGGUUCCUUAAUCUUGACCGUCCAUUCACGAUGAUGCACGACGACGUGAGGAGGCCCGAAUCGUCACGCAUGCUGGAACGGUUCAGAUGUGCUCGAGUUCUGAUAAACCAAUGGCUGGGAUUCAGGGGAAGCGUUCAUGUGCUAUCUCUUUCUCACAAUAAUAUAAGGCUAGUCGUCAACACAAGCGAGCGGGCGAGAGAGGGAGGGAGUGUGGAUUUCUCUGUUCCCUCGUCCUUCGUUGAUUCGAGAAAUGGAGCCCCUUCCUCUCGCAGCGGCCGCAGUAGUCGCGAAAUCGACCAGGGAUUGACAACCGCCGGCGGGAUUCUAAGCGGAGCCAGCUCGAGCAGGUGAAUCCAGGGGGGAGAUUCACUUUUUUACCUUCUAAUCCGAAGCUCGGGAAGAAUCUUUGAGGUGAAAUCCAGAGAAGGGAGAAGGAGUAGGAGCUCGCUCGUUGUCACUUCCUUCUUUUCCCUUUCACUCAAUGGAUUCGUUCCCAGCCGUAUUCCCCCUCAUCGAUCUCAGAAAAGGUGAUGUUCACACUUUGAGUCGUUCCUUUCGUAUGUUGGAAGAUCACAACAAUCAUAGACAGCUAAGGAGGUUAUCUGUUGGAAUAUGACAAGGGUGCAAGUAAAUUGAAAUAUACGAAGAGCAAUCCUACCUGAAACCUUGAAUUCUACAUGCCACUGCUGAUAUAUUUGAUUGGGAUAACUUCUUCCGGGAACUUCUUUUUUUGUAAGAUAAAGAUGAACAUAUCCAACAUAGUUUCAGACAGCAAAGACGUAAAGUUCAGUUCACUGAAUAAGGCUACUGCAUUAAAUCCCAAUGCAGCAGAAUUUGUUCCUUCAUGUGUUAAAUAUACUUAUGGAACCACUGAAGCCUUAAUUACUCCAAAGCUUGAUCUACCAGGAUCUUCUAGAAAAUCAGUCUUAGAUCGAUCAGAGUCCAACAUUUCAAAUAAUUCAGAUGAUGAGGUACACCAGUAUUGGCCUCAUCGGCUUCCAGACAACAUCACUCCUGACUUUGAAGUCAUGGGAGAAGAUGAGCUGCAUAAACCUGGACACCUUACACUAGCAGGUUUGUCAAUUCAUGAUAGUGUUGGACAAUCAAAAUUUUCAGGGUCAAUGACCACUAGUGGUGUAUUGGAUAUGUGGGAUCUAUCUUCUCCGACUCUUGAUAAUAUUAACUUGAGUGGAAAGAUGAGAUAUCCUGGAUCCAUCUAUGCUAAAGAACAACCAUCAGUUGCUUCAAUAACUUCAGCUGAUAAUUUAUGGAGUAAUCCUCUCAUAAAUGCUGAACAGCAGGAGGAGCAUCGUUAUAAUGGGAAUCAUAAUACCAGUUCAAUGGGUGAUUUGAUAGGUGAUAAUGUGUUUUUGGAGAAUUAUGCCACUGAUCCCAUAGAGUUCUUGUCAUCACAGUUCCCUGGUUUUGGUUCUCAGAGUCUUGCAGAUGUUUAUUAUGGGAAUGGAUGUGAUUUGAACUUAACCAUUGGGAUUCUAGCUCAGCUUGAGCUUCAAGUUGACAGUGGUUUUGGCCCAAACCUUGACUCAAAGUCCUCGGCUACCCCAAACUUUAGCCCACUGGACUUUCCUACCCUUCCAGUAGGAAACACUCAGAAUGGUUUGCCAAAGCCUGAUGGAGAAGAUCUCCAACAUGGCUUCAUUACAUAUAGAUCUCCUGGUAUAUUAAGAGGUGACAUUGAUUUUGCUCCAACUGUUAGAAAACUAGCAUUGCAGGAUCCUGGUCAUUGGAAGUAUGAUGGAAAUGGUACCUUUGAUGGUAGCACUGGUUCAAGUAGAAGUUCCAGAUUGUCAGGUAGCUCGUAUAAUGGUAGUGGCAGAGUUCGUUAUGGAGACAAAUGGAGUGGUUCAAGUGCAGCUCGGGCAUCUCCUGUUUGGCUUGAGACUGGGGAAGCAAUGGCAAAUAUUUAUACAGAAUCGGGGGAAGAAGCUCGUGAUUUUACACGUCUUCGAAAUGCAUGCUUUGAACAGGCAAGACAAGCCUAUCUAAUUGGAAACAAGGCUCUAGAAAAGGAAUUGAGUUUCAAGGGUCAGUUGUACAACAUGCAUAUGAAAGCAGCUCGUCAAAAAGCCAGAGAAACAAUUUUCCAGAAAAGUCAAAAUCAGCGGGGUACAAGAUCGGUUGAUAGAUCUGCAUGGUCUUCAUGUGCGUGAAGCUAUACAAGUUGUAGAUCGUGAAUUGAGCAACCUGAGGAGCACAGCUACGGCUACCGGGCAGCGACUGCAUGCUAUGAUAUGUGUUGGCACUGGACACCACACCAAGGGCUCCCGCAUCCCCGCCAGGCUCACUGUCG